AUGAAAGCCUACAUCUUUUCCCUGUCUUUCUUGACAUGCCUACCCUUAGUGUAUGGCCUGUACGACGAUAUACCUGACUGUGCACUACCAUGUCUAUUCGAACCGCUCGAUUACACAGCAUGCCAGUUCAGUAACUCGACAUGUCUCUGCGAAGACAUGAAUUAUAACAUGGCCGUGAUCCAUUGCGUUCGAAUCCAGUGCAGUGUGCAGCAAGCUCUCAUCACGAAGAAUCGAACAUGGCAAGACUGCGGGUUCGCAUAUCACGAUGAAGGUGUAUCCAUCGCAUGGGUUCCAUCAUUUCUCUUCGCGGUGGUGACCCUGUCUUUCGCGAUGCGCUUGGCGACGAAAUGGAUAGGUUUAUCGACGUGGGGGUUAGACGAUACGACCAUUACAUUUGCAUACGUGAUGAUGAUUGCGUUCUUGGUUGCUACACAUCUUGGAAGGCAAGAAGGGUUUGGAAAAGACAUUUGGACGCUCACAGUGGAUCAGAUCACAAAUUUCAUCAGGGGCUUCUUCGCCUUUGAGAUUGUCUACUCUGUGACCCUCGCCUUCAUCAAAGCCUCGAUACUGUUCCUGUACUUGCGCAUUUUCGGAGCACUCACCGAGACUUUCCGCCGAAUCCUCUGGGCGACACACAUAUUCAACAUCGUCGUAUGCGUCACAUUUGUCAUCGUCAACCUGAACCAAUGCAAGCCUCUAAGCUAUUUCUGGUUUGGAUGGGAUGGCAGGCAUCCUGGUCAAUGCAUCGACUUGUCUGCCAUGGCUUUGUCCCAUGCGGCCAUCAACAUUGCUCUUGAUCUCUGGAUGCUGGUUUUACCAGCGACGCAGAUCUACAAGCUCAACUUGCAGAAAAGGCAGAAAGCAGGGAUCAUGUCCAUGUUUGGCGUGGGAAUCUUCGUCACGAUUGUCAGUGCUAUCCGCUUGCGCAGCGUAGCGCAGUUCAACAAGUCGUGGAACCCGACCUACGACUUCUUCGGCCUGGCACUUUGGUCUCAUAUUGAGCUUUGCGUGGGAACAAUUGUAGCAUGCAUGCCUGCAGCCCGGGCCCUCGUCCGACGACUCUUCCCCGAGCUCCUCUACGUCACCAACAUCUCCACGAAUAGAACUUCCACCAGAGCUUCCGGCAACGUCAAGAUCGUGUCCCAGGACAUUGCAACCAUUGACACAGAUGAUCUCGCUGAGAGUUCGACCGCGAAUUCUACGAAGAAAGACUCGCUGGCUACCUUGACGCCCGAUCGGGUACCGCUGAAGCGACUUACUACAAGCGAUAGCUUGCUGCAGAUUUCCCCCAGCGACCGGGAUCGCUCACUGUACGGAGACUCACAGAAGGGGAGCAAGAUCAGCGAUUGGUAA